AUGCUGUUGCAGAAUAGGAUUGAGUUGUUGGAGAAGGUUUUAAGGCUGCAUUCUAUUGAUGUUAAUGCUUCGAUUGCUCAGAUCAGGGCUGGGGAGACUUCACCGGUGGGUGGUGGACCGACGGCCUCUUUGGCUUCUCAACAAGAGCAGCAGCAGCAGCCUACAGAACUUGAUGGGGCUCUGUGCUUGGAGGGUACGCCUGACAUAGAUGGAGAUGGGGAAAUGCGUUAUUUUGGCUCGAGCAGUGGGCGUGUCGAGCUCCUGCAAUUGAACGGUGACAAACCGGCUACACCAUCAAGCCCCUCCACUCGCAUCCGCUUGAACCAGCUCUACCAAGAGCUCGACUCAGCACAGGCAACCCCAGCAGAACUGGAACAACACCUCGUCACCCUCUACUACGAAUGGGAACAACCCUGGGCCCAGCUGGUUGACGAGAGUCUCUUCCGACACAGCCAGCGCACCAACGGGCGGUAUUUCAGUCCACUCUUGCUCAACUGCAUCCUUGCCAUGGGAUCUCGCUACUCCGAUCGACCAGAAGUUCGUUCCUCCCCAGACGACCCUAAUACAGCGGGCCAAACGUUCCUCGAGACUGCAGAGGUGCUCCUUCAUUUCGAUCUCAGGUCACCCAGUAUCACAACCAUCCAGUCGCUGGGCAUAAUGGCGAUGAUUUACGUGGCAACAGGUUCUGACACUAAAGGCUGGCUCCGCCAUGGUAUGGCGAUCCGCCUGGCAUUAGAUAUGGGGUUUAAUCUGGAUUCUUCGAUCCUGGAUCAAUCUUGUCAGUUACCAGACGUGGAGAUCAAGCUUCGAAGACAGAUAUACUGGGCUCUAUACUGCACUGAUAAGCUCUGGGCGAGCUACACUGGCCGAAUAUGCACAAUGCUGGAAUCCCAGGCGUCGGUGGAACUCCCUCUAUCAUCUCCUGUAGAUGUCGAUGGAGCAUUCGAGUCCGAGUCUGGGAUGCUUUCGAUGCUCCACCACGCCCUAUCAACGCAUUGUCAGAUACUAGAGAAAAUACUCACGAAACUCUACGCACCAAAGAAAUUGCCUCCUGGAGCCCAGAAACAAACCUUCCUCGACUCGUAUCUCCUCGAGCUCAAAAGCUGGAAAUAUAAUUUACCUGCCAACCUACAGAUCAAACACCCAGGCAAAAGUAAAGUUCUAGCCCAUAUUUUCAUCCUACAUAUGGUUUAUCAAACAUCUAUCAUUAUUCUCGCCAAACCUUUUCUACCAAAAAGGUCCCCUAGACUGUCAACUGAGAGCCAGAGUCUCACAGAAGCGCCAACGGAAAUAAAGGCAUCGGCGCUGUGCAUGGAGGCCGCAAAAGAAAUAUGCAUUCUUGCUGAGCAGUAUCGCAAAGCGUUUGGCAGUUUUCGGAGAAGCCCCAUCACAGCCACGCACUGCACGCUGUUGGCAGUGCUACUGCUAUCAGGCUCCUGUGGUUCCGAACAUGGAAACAGCUCCAACGCUCGAAUGAAGCUUAUCGAAUCUUGCUUGAUUACUCUGAACGAACUCUCGGACUCGUGGACGCCCGCUCGACAAUACUGGCGUGGUGUUUUGUGUCUUGUUGAGAAUCGUCCACAAAUGUCUGACCCAGUUGUUGGUACACAUGUCUUGGAGGGACCAGCAGAUACGAAUGAAGCCCAGUUAGACCUAUGGCAUUCUAUCAUGGAGGCGGAUUAUCCUUUUGACGACCUAAUGAUCGAUCUGCCGCAUAAUCUCGAGUUCCUUUUGUGAAACAUAGACCGUCUUUUGAGAAUGAUCUUUGCUGUGGAUAAAACUAUCUACAUACAUACUACAAGCUUUCCCACAGUUUGGCAAUCCACCAUUCGCUGCAUCUGCU